AAGCAUUCACAGUGCAAGAUUAGCAGCGCAAGAUUACAAUAUGAGAUUAUUAGUAGUGUUCUUGAUCUUGACGAUCUUGGCGUGUACCAUGUUCCAGGAAUCCGAAUCCUUCUUUUUUAAAAAAAGCAGGUGUAAUAAGUGUUGUUGUAAAAAACGUAAAUGCCGUAAAACGACCACCACUACCACCACCACCACCACUACCACCACAGCAGCAACUGCAGGUAGAAAGAGACGCGACAUCAUGGACUCAAUUAAAUUUGAAAAUUCAAUCCCGGAUGGAAGCUAUAACAAUAUAACGAAAUGUUAAGACUUUAUUAGAAAAUUA